UGCACUUAAGCGCCCUGACCGGCGCUGCCCUGGGGCCGGCGGGCCAUGGAGGUGGCACGGGAUUGCGUGGGAUCGCUGCUGCGAUCUUUCAUAUCCAUGGGAGCAUCUGUAGGAGCAGUCACAAGGCAGACCCUGUUCCCUGCUCUGAUGCCUGCAGGGCGCCCUUUCCGUGUGUCCAACGCCUCCCGAAGCAGCAGGAAAGGAAUUGUUGCCAGCAGCCUGCAAGAACUCAUCAGCAAGACUUUAGAUGCCUUCGUUGUAACUGCUGGAAUAAUUACUCUGGUUUUGGAAGAAGAUGGCACCGUUGUGGACACGGARGAGUUCUUCCAGUCCCUGGAUGAUAAUACACACUUCAUGGCYCUACAAGAAGGACAGAAAUGGACACCAACAAAAAAUGGAGUUGUYGCUGUGAGACAAAAGAAGAAAAUGGGAGUAGCUAACAUCACAUUUGAUCUGUACAAACUGAACCCUAAGGAUUUUAUUGGCUGCUUAAACAUCAAGGCAACCUUCUACGAGAUCUACUCUAUCUCCUAUGACAUCAAAUGCAUGGGAGCAAAAAGCGUAUUGCGGAAAGUGCUCCAGCUACUAUCCCAUGCAGCACAAAUAACUGGACAAUUUCUGCUCUAUACUGGAACCUAYAUGUUGCAGUUGAUGGGUGAAUAUGAUGAAGAUGACAUGUGCACAAGGUCAAGGCAGGAGUAGUGACCACAGCUGCACUUCUGAUGCCUGUGAAACUGGCAUUGAGGUGAAGUGUACUUAUUUACCUCUGCUGACAAUGGAACCACAUAGUACAUCUUCAAUCCUAAUUCACUGACUGACUCUUCUCAUAAAAUCUAAUUGGAGAUGGUACAACUACUAAGCAGAAGAUUGAGAUUUAGCCUUACUUCCCUUAAAAAUUUAAAAUAAUACCUUUUCAUUACAGUUAUUUAUAUUUUUCUUCAAAUCUUUAGGAUGUUUAGGUUAUUAUAGGUCAUACAGUUGAAGAACCUGCUUUUUUUUUUUUCAGUGAAUCUGAUGUCCAGUUCUGCCUGAGUAUUGAAUAAUCUGCCAUGGUUCCAUGAACAUGGCUURUAAGCAACCUGCUGAAGCUUUUUUCAGGGUUUAACCAUCACUUCUGUAGUUUUUACUGUUAGAAGACAACAUUAUGUUACCAGUUGAGCUUGAAGUACAGGUAAGAGAUAUUGGAUACUUCAUUGCCCCUGAGCUCAGGGAAAGCAGCAAGACAGUCUCUAGUCUUGCAUAAUAGAUAUGCUCUAAACUGAAUAUUUGUAGUUUUAUGGCCUCCAAAGACAAGCUAUAUUAAAGGACAAAGCAAUGUUUCCUGCAGUUUACUGAACUGUUGCCAUGCCCAGCUUUCAGUAAGCUUUUCCUGAACGGUGGGAAAAAUUGGAAUACAAGUAGCCUUAGGUGUCUCAUGUCAAAAUGCAAACCCACACUGGUGAAGGGGAAAAAAGCCCCAUGUUGGUUAUUCACAGGUGUGGCUUUUGAGUUUUUUGUUUGCUUGCACAUGAAGAAUUUUGGGAAGGCUGAAAGCUGUUARGGUGACAUCAGAGGCAGGAAAUGUGUCUGGCCUGACAGUAGGUGCCACUUAGUGAGAGAAGCUCUGGUGCAGAGAGAACUAGUGGGGCAGGGAAGGGAAUCAGUGGGAAUGAGAGGGAAAAGACCACUAUGGACCCCACAGUGUUUGCCACGCAGGAAUCCCUUAACUAUGUGCACCAACUGCAUUGACCAGUUGGAGGAAAACCUGAUCUGCCGAAAGAGAAGCAGGAAGGUGGAAAAGGGCAAGUAUCAUUGUUGGUGGGCUCUMUUCUGACCUCUUAGCUGGGUCUGUUCACUUCAAAGAUCACUCAYAUGUGGGAAUACUGCUCUUGCUUUUAUCUGCAAAUCUCACCUUCAUGUGCUUAUUUUUGCUUUCCCAUUAUGAGUGUGGCUAUGCCAGCUGGACCUGCUUCUUUCAAAUCACUGUUGUGAGGAAAAGCAGUCUAAAUCCAAGUGCUAAAGGGACUGAUGGCCACGAGUUUGAUGGUUCUUUGCCUGUCUCUUCAGUAAUGGUAUUACAAAUAAAUAGCUAAGAAAAACCUUGUUGGUGUYUUUUCCUAAUUCCUGUUGUUUCCCAUCUGCUUCUGAGUGUGCACUGGAGGAGGCAGAGGGCGUAACGCUCCAGAUAAGGGGAAGRUUUGUUCUUUCCUAGUUUCUCACAGGAAAGAAUGCCUGGAGAUUGCAGCACUGUCAGGUGUCCUUCAGAAGAAAACAAUAAACUAUUCUGGGAGUAAUGAGAARGAGGUUAUAUCAAAAUGGAAGCUUUCUAUUUUAUCUGUAUUUUUCUUGAUUGUUGCCAUAUUAAUCAUUGGCCAUAGUCUUUCUAUCCCUGUAAAGCAAUUGCAUUUAACUGACUUUACAAGGAGAUGGUAAUUAUUUUUUUCAGCUUUUGAGGACCACUUAUUCUAUUAAAACAAGCACACUUCUUGACAGUAAAUUCUCUUAAAUGCUUCUAAGAAUACUUAUGUUGCUGGUGGUGGGAGUCACCAGCAUUAAAAGAAAACCAACUUGAAUAGUUCAUGAUGGUUUUGUUUGAGUUUCUGCAACAUCUGUAGUAUAAAAUGUUUUCAAUGACUGAACUGUGCAGAUCCCAAAUUCCAUCCUUCUGUAGCCAGAGGCAAUUKUUACAGGACCAACACUCCAUAGUUKACAAUGACAYUACCUGGGAAUCUGGCAGUGAUCUGAAAAGCUAACCUGCUAUGAAUAUUCAAUGUUUUUAAGCAGCUGCUGCUUUGACAACUUAACGCUUAAAACUUGAGCUACUGAAGGUCCUGUGAGCAGCACUCUCCAUCUUGGAGCAAUUUCCUCUUUUCAGCUGUUUGCCUUUUCAAUUAAAGUAACUCAGCUUUGAUAUUUUCUCAAAAUGGGAAAAGUGUCCUGAAAGUUGUGUCCAAACUUCUUUCAUUGCAUCUGAAUCUAGGUCUUUCACAAGCCUAGUAUUUGAAGGUGAUAUUUGUUACUGUACYAACUUCUUUCUGGAAAUAAAAUUUUGGCUUUGGAUCAAACUGGAGGACUUUGUCAUUCUGAGUUGGAUCCAGUUUGAUUAUUUUGUAAAUUUUUUUUACAGACUGCCUAAGAAAUGUAGCUUUUACUUCAACUGUGCAUGGUAUGCUUCAAAGAAAAACUUUAGCAUUCUCUGCCUUUCAGAAAAUUAUAUAGAAGUACUGUAUAAUAUCUAGCAAGACACAAACUAAAAGGAAAGGCUCUUAACUGCAGGUAUGUGGAGAAGCAGCAAGCUUUUUCAUAACUGGCAUUUUUAGCUUUAAUUUUAAUUUGCAUAAACUCAGCUAACCUGCCCUUGUUGCUGUUGCAGACAAGGCUGGGCGCAGUGAUGUAGAAGGUGUGAACCAUGUUUGCUACCUCCCUGCUUGCACUGACCCUUUUUGCCUGUUCCUUUGCAUCACUUACUAACAAUGCACCAAGUCAUGCUCUCUGGUUACCAAAAAAGGAAUUUUCACUGAAGUAAGCGACCCUGUUGACUCAGGCACUGCUCAUGUUCUGCAGACAGAGCAAAGUUGCUUUCUUUCUGACCAGAAUGAGGAAUCGAGUAGCUUUUGUGUGUGUGCAGUUUAUCAUUACUUCAUUUCCUUCCUUUCAUAAACCCAUGAAUGUUUUCUUGCACCUUCUGAUUCUCCCAGGACAAAUAGGAUUACAAGCCCUUCUAUCCGGGAAGAGAGGAAAAAGCAGRGUUUAGAUUCCUUAGAUAAUUUAAAAUAUGCUGUAGGAAACAUCAUGAAUUCCUUCCCUACAGAGGAAGGAUAAAAGAAGGAAAAUUGGACUUUGAGCUGGAAUUUUUUUCAGUGAAGUGUGCAGAGAGGUAGGUGUUCACAAUUUUGGAAGUGUUGGUAAUUCUGAAUUUUUACUGUGAAAAUAAUCUCAUAUGAUAAUUUGUAACUGGUAGAUGUGUAAUUCUAAAUAAUCUCAAUAUGCUUCUUCCUUGAGAUAAYACUUGAGCUAAAGGCACAAGCCUCUUAAUUAAAAG